CAAUUUUUUUUUUUUUUUUGUUUGAUUAAAAAAAAAAAAUUAAAAAGCGCAUCAAUCGUGGGCCGCAAGAUCAAAGUUGAUCCUUAUUUCGCGACCGAUUUUAGAAGUUUUUGUGGAGCUGAAACCGUAAAGUUUGUUAAGAAAUCCACUAAUCUCCCGCGAUAAUCAUGCUUUAAUGCUAAGAAGUCGUGCGACAUGAAGACAUUGAUAGCCCUUUUUAAUUUUUUUUUGAAUAAAAAAAAAUGACUAAAAUAAAUUUUAUUAAAAGAUAAAAAUAUAUUUAUUUAUAAAAUAUAUAUAUAUAUAUAUAUUUAUAUUAAUGUCUUAAAAGUUUUGAGCAUAUAGUUUAAAAUUUAAAAAAAAAAUAUAAAUAUUAAAAUUUUCAAAAUAAAAAUGAACUAUUUUGGUCAUUUUUUUUUAUUGAAAUCAAUUUUUGUGACAAAAACUUAAAAAUAGUUAUUUGAGAAUAUAAAAUAUUGUUCUCCCUUUCAGGAGAAUAGAAAUUAGCAAAAAAAAAAAAAAGAAAAGGAAAGAAUCCUAUGAUUGAAAAACUACAAGUUAAUUUUAUGUGUGUUGGGUUUAAAAUCCAAGAAAAGAAUAGCAAAGAGUAAGAGUACAAGGUAGGUUUUAGUUAUGAUCCACGACAUUCCUUCCUUUGUCGUGUCUUGAUGGAAGAAUCAUCUGAUUCUUUGCUUCUUCUUUUUUUGAACUUCCGAAAAAUAGAUUGAUUGGUUGGUGUUGUAAUUUUAUUUUUUUCUUUAAAAUUAGAUUGUAAAUCUUUUGGAUGUGGUUUUAAUAUUUUACGUAAGUUAUCAAAGAAAUUGAAAACAUUAAAUAAAAGCUAUAGAAAAUUGAUUUCUAAAUCUAACUUAUUCCAUUAAAAAAAAAUCUGCAGAUUCUUUACUUUUUUCAAAAGAUAAAAGGGUAUUAAUAAUUUUUUUUUUACAAUGGUAUAUAUAUAUAUAUAUAUAUGUUGACGAUGUCUUCACCUCCCAUUUUAUCAAUCUAACCAAACAAAAUCUCUUUUAUUCACAUACAUACACCAUGGAUACCACAAGAUCAUCAAUAAAUAAGCUACCUGUUCACGAGCAUCCUCUUUUCCAUACAGCUCUGUUUACCGUUAGUGUAUGUGCUUGGUGCCACCUAGAAGGAAUCAUGUACAGCAGCUACGUUUGCGACGAGGUUUCCUGUAGGUUAUUUCAUAAAAUGGUUUCCCGUAGGUUUCGGCUCCAUAAAGAGUGUGCGGAAGCUCCACUAGAGAUCAAUCACCACCCUUAUCACCCGGAGCAUCCCCUCUUGCUCACUAAUGACUCUCCAACGGAAGAUGGUACAUGUGAUUUUUGUGGACAAAAGCUUUUGUCCCCAUAUUAUACAUGCCCCACAUGUGAGUUCAAAGUGGAUUUCAUUUGUGGGAUUAAACCCUCACCUUCGGCUAUUGAACACCCGGUCUGUCAUGACCAUCAACUCGUGUUUUUGAAGAAAGGAAGGGAGGAAGAGGUCCACUGUGAAGUAUGCAAGAAAUCUAUAAGUGGACCUUCUUAUUCAUGUCCUGAAUGCAACAAUGUAUACUUUCACUUGGAUUGCGUUCAUCUCUCCAAAGAGGUAAAUCAUCCUUGUCACUCUAAUCACCCUCUUAAGAUCAUUGCCUAUGAGUCACUUAGAAAUGAUGAUCAUGCCGAAAAAGAUUGCCGUUUAUGUUCAACACGACCAGAAGAGAUGCUUUGUCAUUGUUCUAUUUGCAAUUUCACUCUGUGCCUUAGUUGUACAAAGCUUCCACCACCUCUUGUUGUUGAUCAUUCCAAGACUCACACUCAUACACUUAGGCUCGUUUCAAGUAAACUCGCCUUUACUUGCAAGGUUUGUGGAAUUGAUGGCUACAAAAGAAGGCCUUAUAUAUGUUUAGAGUGUGAUUUUGUUAUCCAUGGAAGUUGUAUCGGCUUUCCCCACGUCAUAAACAUCAAUCGUCAUGAUCAUCGCAUCUCUUUCACAUAUCAUCAUAGUCGUGGGGGGCGAUGUGGAGUUUGUCGGACAAAUGUAAGUCAGUACUAUGGAGCUUAUUCUUGCUCGGUUUGCCCUAACUACACAGUUCACACACGUUGCGCAAUAAAUAAUACUAUAUGGAAUUUUGCGGAACUGGAAGGGACACAUGAGAAGAUCGAAGAUAUCGCGCCAUUCAAGGUGGUGGAACAUAAUUUGAUACGUCAUUUCAGCCAUAGCGAACAUACUUUAAGGCUCCUCAAGGAUAACGUCAUUCAUGAUGACGAGUUCAUACAAUGUGAAGCUUGCUUCCCUCUGGUGGAAUUUGGCCCUGUCUACAGUUGCACGGAAUGUUAUUUUUCUCUCCAUGAAAAGUGUGCUAAUCUUCCUAUGGAGAAAAGACUUUUCUUUGAUCCUGCACCAUACACGUUGAGAUAUGAUAAUACAAUAAUAUAUUGCAACCUAUGUGGAAUGUUAAAUGAUGGUUUCAGAUACACAUCGCAAGGAAUUAGAAUGCAAUAUCACUAUGUAGAUGUGCACUGUGCUUCCCUUUCCGAGCCGUUGGUCCAUAAUCGGCAUUUGCAUCCACUAUAUUUUCUUGAAACAAAUGAUAAUUAUUGUGAUGCAUGUAAGAGAGCUCGAGCUGACUACAUGCUCGCUUGUGAUACUUGUAACUUUUCUUUGUGUUUGUAUUGUGCUACUUUGCCAGAGGAGAUACGCCACAUGAGCGAUGAGCACCCUCUCACUUUAUACUGUGGUGGAAAGGGUAACGGCAAGAACUGGUGCGACGUUUGUGAGGUGGAGUUAGAUCCAAGUAAAUGGUUCUUUGCAUGCUCUGAUUGUGAAGUAGCUUUACAUGUUCAAUGUGCACUAGGAGAUUUCUCACGUCUCAUGCCAGGAAAGCUCUAUACCGUCGGGGAAAGAGAAUGCGAAGUGGUCCUUAACAAUCUCUACACUCGGCCAUUUUGCAGCCAUUGUCGCUCUCGAUGCAAGGCCCCCGUCAUCUUCAAGGAUAAUGGUGAAGACAAUAGAUACAUCUGUUCCCUUUCAUGUUUAUCGAGUUAUUUGUGUAUAGAUUUUUGUUAAACUCCAACGACCGAAAUGUAAUAGAGAGUGAUAUUGUUUCAUAUUUUUAAACACCAAAAAAAAAAAAAAAAGUUCUCGUUGUAAAUACAUAAAUUUAUAAAACGUCUAUUUGAACA